UUUCCUUAGAGGUGCUGUGACAUCAUCUUUACCCUGGAAAUUCCACUCACCUUCCUGUGCCCCCACAUUCAGCCUAGGCCAUAGCGUCCCUAUAAAGAGAGUGUCCCAACCCAGCAUCAGCACAGAACACAGCUGGGUUCUGAAGCUCCUGAGUUCUGCACUCUCAGCUCUGGGGAAACCUCUCCUCCACCAAGACCAUGAAGUUCUGCGUGACUGCUCUCUCUCUCCUCGUGCUAGCGGCUGCCUUCUGCUCCCCAGCGCUCUCGGCACCAAUGGGCUCAGACCCUCCCACCGCCUGCUGCUUCUCUUACACCCUGCGGAAGCUUCCUCGAAAUUUCGUGAUGGAUUACUUCGAGACCAGCAGCCUCUGCUCGAAGCCAGCCGUGGUGUUCCAGACCAAAAGGGGCAGGCAGGUCUGCGCCAACCCCAGUGAGCCCUGGGUCCAGGAGUACGUGGAUGACUUGGAGCUGAACUGAGCUGCGCUGGGCUCAGGGGAAGGAAGUCUUCAGGGAAGGUCACCCGAGCCUGGAUGCUUCUCAGUGAGACGCACCUUCUCCACGCUCACGAUUCCUCUCAGUGGUUCCUGUCCCUUCUCUUAAUUUAAUCUUUAUCGUGUGCUAUGUUAUUGUAUUGGGUGUUAUUCCAUUAUUUAUGUUUGUUUUGCCAAAGGACAUAUGUCCCCCGUGGGGACGGCCCACCAUCACUGUUUCUCUACUAUUGCGAAUACAUGGAUGAUGCGGUUGAUUCCGUGUGUUUUCAUAAUAAAAC